CAAAUCAAACUCAUCUCUAUCUCUUCAUUUUGCAAUUCCACAAACAGAUUCUUGAGCAGAAAAAUCAAUGGAUCCAAUUCUAACUUAUCCAAACACCACCUCAAUUACCGGAAUAACAAUCCUUUCUCUUGUUAUUACCAUCUUAUUCUAUUUAUUAAUGUAUCAUCCAUUCAAAGCUGGCAAUAAACAUAGAGAACCUCCAAUGGUGGCUGGUGCAUGGCCUAUACUGGGUCACCUUCCACUCUUCCAUGGCUCACGUUCACAGCCACUCCACAUUACUUUGGGCGCCAUGGCUGACAAAUAUGGACCCCUUUUCACCGUGAAGCUUGGUUCCAAAAAGAUUGUAGUACUAAGCAACUCAGCAAUGGCGAAAGAAUGCUUCACAAAGAAUGAUGCAAUUGUUGCUUCUCGUCCCAAUCUUGUCUCAUUCGAAAACCUCGGCUACAAUGGAGCCAUGAUUGGUUUCACGCCGUACGGUCCAUAUUGGCGUGAACUCCGCAAGUUUUCAAACUUAGAGCUUCUCUCGAAUCGCCGCAUAGAGCUGCUAAGCCAUGUUCGACUCUCGGAAGUUCGAGCUUCAACAAAAGAUCUCUUAAGUCUUUGGUCCACUCAGAAGAAUGAAUCUGGAUACGUGUUGGUGGACGUAAAGCAAUGGUUUGCAGAGUUGACAUUCAACAUGGUUCUUAGAAUGGUUGCGGGGAAGACAUUCUUUGGAGCUGUAGAUUCAGAGAGUGAGGAUAAAGCGAAUAAGUGUUUGAAGACUAUUAGGGAGAUGAUGCGUCUUAUGGGGAUGUUUACUGUGGGAGAUGCUAUUCCUUCAUUAAGGUGGCUUGAUUUGGGGGGCCAUGAAAAGGCCAUGAAAGAAACUGCUAAACAACUCGAUGAGAUUUUGAGUGGAUGGUUGGAUGAGCAUCGCAAAAACAUGGAUUUCUUAGAUGAAAAGGGUUCAAGUGAAGAGCCACGUGAUUUCAUUGAUGUCAUGCUUUCGGUGUUUUCUCAUACUCACAUUCAUGAGUUUGAUGCUGACACCAUAUAUAAAGCCACGAUAUUGACAAUGAUAGUUGGGGGAAAUGACACCACCACAGUUUCUCUUACAUGGGCCAUGUGUUUGCUAUUGAAAAAUCCUCACGUGUUGGAAAAGGCAAAACAAGCUAUAGUCAAGGAAACAUUAAGAUUGUAUCCAGCAGCUCCUCUAGCAGCACCUCAUGAAUUCACAGAAGAUUGCAAUUUAGGUGGAUAUCACAUCAAAAAGGGAACUCAGCUAAUUACAAAUAUUUGGAAAAUCAAUACCGAUCCUUAUAUUUGGUCAGAUCACUUGGACUUCAAGCCAGAAAAAUUCCUCACAACCCACAAAGAUAUCGACGUUAAAGGCCAUCACUUUGAAUUGUUACCGUUUGGAGGUGGUAGACGUAUUUGUCCCGGAAUUUCAUUUGGCCUUAAAAUGCUUCACUUUGUUUUGGCGAGCUUUUUGCAUUCCUUUGAAAUAUUGAACCCACCUAUUGAAUUUGUUGAUAUGAGUGCAACUCUUGGAUUGGUCAUUGCUAAAACUACUCCACUUAAGAUCAUGUUACCUGGUGUUGUGAUCCAUUAUGAUUAUGUGCAUCUAUCGCUGCUUAAACAUAAAGUUGUAAAAUCAAAUGAUGGUGAUUUCGUGAUGUAG